AGGAAAUUCGGCGCGCGAAACCGACAGCAGGAAGGAACACAGGACUCGACGGCGACGUAAGCACCGAGUCUAUCUAACUUAAUCCAUAAUCGACAAACAUCUACAUUAAUAUGGCAGAUCCCAAGGACGCACAAGAAGAACAUGAUCCAGACACUGCAGAAGACUCCAACCAUGACCCCCAAUUUGAGCCCAUCGUCUCCCUCCCUGAGCAGGAGGUGAAGACACUAGAGGAGGAUGAGGAGGAGCUUUUCAAAAUGCGGGCCAAGCUCUACCGCUUCUCCUCUGACAACGACCCCCCAGAGUGGAAGGAGAGGGGAACCGGGGACGUGAAGCUGCUGAAACACAAAGAGAAGGGCACCAUUCGCUUGCUCAUGAGGAGAGACCGGACCUUGAAGAUCUGCGCUAAUCACCAGAUUACUACGAUGAUGGAGCUGAAGCCCAACGCUGGCAGUGACAGAGCCUGGGUAUGGAACACACUAGCAGACUUUGCAGACGAAAGCCCAAAGCCUGAACUUUUGGCGAUACGUUUUCUCAAUGCAGAAAAUGCCCAGAAAUUUAAGGUGAAGUUUGACGAGUGCAAGGAGGAGGUCAGAAAAUCGACUGAGGAGGAUUCAGAUGAUGAGACCACAAAG